AGAACAGUGAAGGAGUAAAAACAGCUAGCCGAAACUUGACGGAAAGUGUGGUGUGAAUGUUACAAAAUUAUUGGCACGCUGUCAUAUUUUAAUUUUUUAUAUGAGCUAGACAGCAUAAUGAAGCAAUCAUGCCGGUAGCUAUUGGAAUCGACGCUUUCACUGCGUUUGAGAGGCAACUUAGAACAUUAUGUCUUACAGAAUUUCCCUGCGGACGAGGAUCUUGGCGCACCUUGAGUGACAAGAGUCUACCAGAAUCACGUUUCACUACAACGCUGAAAGAUGUCGGAGCCCAUAAAGAGCAAGAGGAGACCCUCGAGGAGUUGAUCUCCUCCACUUUCUCUCCGUACAGCGUCGACUACAGCUGGAGUUCAGAAGCCAAACAGCUACGAGACAUCGCUGUUAAGAGUCCCUGGCUCAUCAGCAAUCAAUUUAUUCUGGAUCACUUCAAGUCGCUCAGAAUAGUGGACAAGAAUGUGCAUACAGUUGAUGACGGUUUACUCAAGUUCAGGAAUCUUGAAGAACUUACGUUGAGUGUGAAUAAACUGAGAGCAGUUGACACCCGUAAUAUUCCAAGCACGCUAAAGGUUUUGGAGCUUGUGGCCAAUCAGAUCAGUGAUUUGGAACCGUUAUGCAACAAGCCACCUCCCACUUUAAGUCACCUUGGCCUUGGUCUAAACAAGAUCUCUGCUCUACAUGACUACAUUACGGGAACCUACUGGCCCGAUCUAUUAUCUCUUGAUCUGAGUCACAAUAACCUUUGUGACCUCAUCGAGGUUGUGCAGACGCUAGCAACGCUUCCCAAACUCAGGAAUCUCGUCCUAAUCGGUAACCCUCUGGCAUUGAUACCAGGCUAUCGAGGUUUCAUUAUAGACAGCCUACGAAGUCUGACCAUUCUUGAUGAUAUUGGGAUCUCCGCAGAUGAAAAGCACCACUUCAAGGGUCUGGCCAGAAAAAUAGAAUUUAUUUUAGACGAGGCAAAGGUUACUGUCAAGGUUGGCAUGGUGACGGGCAUUCCAAUGCCCCCAGAACUUCAGGCCACUGAGGAACAGCCCGAGUUUCCCAUUGUUACGCGUACCUACUAUGUAGAGUGCAUGUUCCUGGAGGAUUUCCAGGCUAGGGUUUUGUCAGCUCAGAGCAAAGAUGUCGCAUCGCUCUUGACUGAUAAAGAAACAGGGGACUUGGAGAAGGACUCGGGGCCUCAGCUACCAAGUUCAGACGAUGUUGUUGAGCAAAUGGGUAGUGAUGAACAGUGCAUCAAUACUGCAGAACCAGUCACAAACCAAGAUGGACCUGUCACAGAGGGAACAUUUUUCACAGAAGCCGAUGAUGAAGACCAAUCAGAUCAGCAGCCACCCCCCUCAGCCAGUAAUGGUACAGACCACUCAGGUUCACCGCUGCCUCCAUUAAAGCUAGUUCCAUACCGAACAGAGGGGUUGCAAUGGUCUGAGGAGGGCCUGGAAUUCACCUGGGAGCACGAGUUGGUCAUCGAUGAUUUGCCUGCGCUGAAGGAGUUUUUGAAGAGGGGAAUGGCAAUCACUGUGAAAGAAGACAAGGUGCUCUCCGUACCAGCAGAGGAGGGGGAAGAGAAGGCCAGCGAAGCAGGCAAGAAGGGAGAGAAGGGAGGAGGAGGAGGAGGGGGACAUGCGAAGUCGGCCAAAACCGGGAAGGAUAGUAAAAACGAGAAAGAGAAACCCAAGGAAAAACCCGGAGGUGGAAAGGGGAAGAAGAAGAAAGAACCGGAGAUAGAAUUGAUCCACUCACCUCCAGAGGUGACGGUUCUAGGUCUUUACACUGUGGAGUUAUCUAGCUUCAUUGAUGGGGACUAUAGCACUGAGGAGACAUGUAGGUGUGUAGGAGGAUUGCUGGAUGUAGGGGAAGAGGAGGAGGAGCAGAAGAAAGAGGAGGGCUCAGAGUCUAAGAAGGACAAAAAGAAGAAAAAGGAAAGUGGAGACACCUCAAAGGCCAAGAAAGGAAAAGAAUUAAAAGAAAAAGACAAAGACAAGGGCAAGAAAGCUGGCAAACCCGAUAAGAAAGAUUCCAAGAUGAAGAGGUCCGAAUCGCAGCUCAGCGAGGAUGAGGAGGUACAGACUCCGCCCCCUCCCCUCACCGUACAUCUCCAGGUUGAUCUUCAUCGGUGGCUGACGGCGAGAGAUUCCAUUCCUAAACCCAAAGAAGUUCAGAAACCAGCGGAAGAGGAUGGAGGGAAGAGUGAGGCUGGAGGUCAGACGUAGUAGGAGAUUAAAUGCUAAGCAGCAACAAGUUAAAAAAUAUUAGUGCUAAGCGAUGACAAAGAGUCUGGACAGAAGCACGCCCGGUUCAUUCUUCCUGCCAAUGCAAAAUGAAUUUUGACGUCACAGCCCUUUUUUUGCUGCAAAUGUCUCACAGGCGUUGAGCACAU